UAUUCCUCAGAAACAUCACAUUUCGGAGUGUCAAUUUAGAUCCUCCAAGUUAGCAAAGAAAGAGACUAUAAUCCUUCCCCACCCUAAGCAAAUACAUUGGGACUUAUCUGGACUGGAUGCUCUCUUGAUUGCAGAGUCUUUACCAGUCAGUUUCAAUGAAAAGCAGGAGAUGGUGCUGCUCCCACCUUCAAACGACAUUUUAAUAGAAAGUGGUCAGGUUCAGUUGCAGAAGCCAGAUAUAUCUCUAGUGAAUAACACUACGAAUUCGAAUCAAGAUAUAUCAGAUGAAGAUAGGAUCCGAACUGAAUUUCAGAGUAUAUCCUAUGCGAAACAAGACCCUUUUCCAAAAGAGAAAUCAAACAAAUCGACAUUGAACCAUUCUGAUAGCCAUAGUUUGUUUAAAGAAGACACUCAGAGUGUUUGGGAAACAAUCAGGAACGAAGUAAUUCCUAAAUGGAAUCAGUACAUGAUAACUAAGAACAGGAGGAAAGAAGCAGAUCCAUCAGUGAGGAGUAGGCUAGAUACAUUCAGAAAGAAGAUUCUCAGAGACCUAAGAGAAUUCUUCAGGAUCUUGUUCAGAAGAAGAUUUCACCUCUCCAAGUAUAGAACAGCUGAAGGAGUCACAAAAUGAGUGCGAACGUUCUUUCAAGAACUUGACUUUACACUCUCAGAUGAAGACUUGGCCGAUCACCAGUUGUUCAAGUUUAUACACCAAACUCAUAGAUAUACUUCAGAUAGAGUAGCUAUAAAUAGCAGGCAGCAGAAAGCUUCUCCAUUUACUUGUGUCGACAAGUAUAACAACACGAAAUUCAAAAUUUUCAUCAGACAUCCUUUGUGAGCUCAGAUGAUUAAGUUUGUGUUUACCAACUUCAUGGAACACUACGCUCCAUUCGUUAAAUCCAACAUGAGGAAGAAAGUGAUGAGUGUCAUUAAGGAGGUUCUCCAAUCAUUCUCAGAUUAGUAGCAUCUCCAAGAUCUUAAAG